AUGGCCUAGCAUCUGUAGGACAGCGAACUAUUAACAGCGAAACCUACCGUUCACAAUGGAUAGGAAAUGGUUAUUUAGGGUUUGGGUGCACAAGAACAAAGUGAUUCUAGCUUUUCAUCCCAACAUUUAUGUUCUAGCCAAUAGAGUAGUCACAGGAACAUCAAUCUUAGUCAGAGUUCAUUUAAGAAGAUCAGUAAGAGCAGUUCGGAUCUUUAGAAUUUCUCAAACAAACAUGCCCACAUUUGUGCCCAUUAUAAUUUCCUUGGUAGAUGUCCCUUGGAACAUUGCAAAAAAAGACACAUUUUUAUAUCAGAAGAUGACGGUUUAAGUGAACUAAUAUCAGACAACAUUGACUUGAUUGACAACCUCACAAGCAGCGGAAACAAACUUAAAUUACCGCACUCUACCUAUGGAACUUAGUUAUCUAAAUAUAGAAAAUGUAAAUCCAACACUAAGGAAUUUUGUGAGAAAUUGGAACACAAAUUCAUAACUUAAGAAUAAAUACAUUUUGGCGAUUUUCCUAUAUAAAAUUUUUGGAAUUGGAAUGCAUUUGCUCUGCAAUCCUUUUCCAUCAAGUCCCAACCGGAUUUGGGCAAUAAUCCCCAAGAGAAUAAAUAUUUUAGCCAAUUAAUUAAGCCAAAACCUCUUGUGGAUUACAAAUAGGCCUCGGAAAAUUUUAGAGAAUUCUUCAUCAGCUCUAAACAUUUCGAAUGA